UGGCUAUUAGGAGACAGGAACGCGCUGGAUGUGCUGCUACUGCUGCUGCUGAAUUCCAUAUCCUGAGGGGACUGGACUCUGGCUCCUACUGUCACGAAUGACCAGUCUUUGCAGCUUGCCUUGCAGAAGGGAGGGAGAGGGAGGCAGUAGAGGAGAAAAGGGAAUUAGAGAAGCCGAAUGUAAAAUGUGGAGUUAGUGAUAUUUUGAGUCUGUAGUUUUGCCUAGAAAAGGUGCUAACAUUUCAAAGGUAUUUUUCUUGAUUGCUUUGUGCACUUGAUAUGUCUUAGGGUCAUCAAAAGCAUCUGUGUGCAUUGGAGGUACAGUAGUAACAGUGGAACUAGAUUUAGAGCAUUACAAUCUAGAAAUCUUUGCGCAUAGUCAUUAUAAAUAAUUGCUAAAGUCAAUGAGCAGUUACGCUAGUAGCUUCUGAAAGGACCAGAGGUGGUAUCGGAAUAUAGUAAAUUACAUUGUGUCUGUCUAGUGCUAUGUAGAGUACAUUGUCAAGAGUUCUUUUUGUAUUAGGAGGGUGCUGUGGAGAUAGAGGACACUUUCAUGAGGCAAGUCUAUCUGGGCUCCAGAUCAGGGUGUUUGGUAGAUAUCUUUAGGAUUUACAAAGUAAAGUUUGAACAUUAGGUCUUGACUACAUUUGAGAAUGUCUCCAUUAUGGAUAUUGCUCCCUUUAUUCCUUCUCGCUUAUUCAACCUGCGCCCAGCCUCGCAUUGCCCGACGUCAGACCUCCAACUGCCCCAGAGUUUGCGAGCUGUCCCGGUGCUCGAGGCCCCAGUCACCUUGUCAGGCAGGGGAAGUGAGAGACUCUUGUGGGUGCUGUCCAGUGUGCGGGGCAGGUGAGGGGGAAUCCUGUGGGCAACGCGGUGGAGCUCCAUGCGGAGAGGGCAUGGAGUGUGUCCUGCCUGGGAUCGGAGGAGCAGGUACAGCCAGGAGGAGAGUAGGGGUCUGUGUUUGCAGUACCAGUGAACCAGUGUGUGGAAGUGACGGGAAGACCUACAAGAACCUGUGUCAUCUGAAAGCGGAGAACAGACGGGCAAGGCUUCAGAACUCCCCUCCUGCCAUCCACAUUCAAAAGGGGCCCUGUGAUACAGGUUCCCACUACCCCGACAGCCUGAGAUACAAGUUUAAUUUCAUAGCCGAUGUGGUGCAGAAGAUCGCGCCGGCUGUCGUCCAUCUGGAACUCUUCAGAAGGUCUCCAUUCACUGGUCAGGAGAUGGCUGUGUCUAGUGGCUCGGGAUUUAUUGUAUCCGAAGAUGGACUUAUAGUGACCAACGCUCAUGUCCUUACGAAUAAGCAGCGGAUCAAAGUGGAAGUGAAAGAUGGAGCUCAUUAUGAUGCCAAAGUGAAGGAUGUGGACCAGAAGCUAGACAUCGCUCUCAUCAAGAUUGACCCCGAUGCACCUCUCCCAGUCCUCAUGUUAGGUAGAUCAUCAGACCUGAGACCUGGAGAAUUUGUGGUUGCUUUAGGAAGUCCAUUCUCUCUACAAAACACAGUGACUACCGGGAUUAUAAGUACCACCCAUCGAGGAGGGAAGGAACUGGGCUUGAAAGAUUCUGAUAUGGAAUACAUCCAGACAGAUGCUAUUAUUAAUUAUGGAAAUUCUGGUGGACCCUUGGUGAACUUGGAUGGUGAAGUCAUAGGAAUAAACACAUUAAAAGUCACAGCAGGGAUAUCGUUUGCCAUUCCAUCUGAUCGCAUUCGGCAGUUUUUGGCUGAAUCACAUGACCGUCAGCUUAAAGGAAAGUCCCUUCCAAAGAAGAAAUACAUGGGUGUGAGGAUGUUACAACUGUCAGCAAGUCUGAUCCAUGAACUUAAAAUGCGAGAUAAAGAUUUUCCCGAUGUCAACUCUGGAGUUUAUGUGUUUGAAGUCAUCCCAGGAACUGCGGCUGCCAGUGCGGGUAUGAAGGACCAUGACGUGAUCAUCAGCAUUAACGGCAGAACUGUAAACACCACAGAGGAGGUGAGCGAAGCUGUGAAAAUCAGCGAAACUCUGUCCAUCGUGGUGCGGAGGGGAAAUGAAGAUAUCAUCCUCAAUGUUGUACCCGAAGAGAUGGGCUAGAACCCCCUUCAGAUGUUCUUGUUCUUCUUUGGGAUUUCUGACCUCUACAAAGUGCGCUGUGCACAGAAGUUUUAUACUUGGAUUCAAACUCUGAACCAAAUGGAUGGGUCAUAUCUCCUCCCCGGAAUAUUCUAUUCCCACACUGGUUGUGGGGAGGCUGACUGUACGUACUCUAAUAUACAGUAUAUGAUUCUAUACAAAACAGAGCUACAGUGGAUAUGCAACUUCUGCUUUUCUAGAGGCAGCCCUACUAAUUGUAUAAAACCUUAUACUCACAGAAGAUAUGAGGAAUGGGAUUUCUACCAAGACCGGCAGGAAAUGACAGAUCAAACCAUACAUAUGAAGUAUACUACGACAAAUCAAAAAAGUAACCAUAUAUAACAUACAAUGUGAGGGACCUUGUCAUAAAUUGUAAAUGAUUUACUUUCAGCCGCAUGAAUCAAAGUGCUUAACAGCAGUGUAUUUUUAUAGGUGUAUUAUAUAAGUAUAUACUGUAUAAAAUUGCUAUCGUAUAUUA